CAAUCCACAAGCAAAACAAUGGCCUCACUACCCCCCAAUCCCCAAAUCGAUCCCCAAAUCGACCCCCAAAACGACCCCCAAACCUCAACCAAAGAGGAGAACCCCGCGCGCCUCCGGGUCCAAACAAACCACUGCCGCUUCUGCAACCACCUCCUCCUAGCAACAACACGCACAAUCAGCGCCCUCCCGCGCCGCGCCGAUCCCGCCAAGGACGCCGCCCUGGUCCUGCCUCUUCCGAGCGAUAGCGAGCGCGCCGACGAUGACGAGCACGAGCACGACACAAACCCAGAUCCCACAUCCAACCAACACACACAAGCACAAACGGCCGGGGAAAAGGCCCCCAAACAACAGCACUACACCAUCCUCCUCUCUACCACGAUCCCGGACCGGAAACCCACGUUGAUCCGUCGCGAGGACGGGUUUGAGAAGCGCCUGUUUCUUCGGUGCGGGCGGUGUCGUGUCGUCGUGGGGUAUUUCUUGGAUCCCGUCCAUUUUGUCUCGGGGGCGGGGCAGCGGAAACAGAUGGCUGGGGAAGGCGAGGGUCCAGAAAGAGGGGCCAAGGUGGUUUACCUCCUGCCCGGGGCGUUGAUGGAGACCGGGGUUAUGGAUGCAAAUGAUGCGGAGAAGUUGAGGGCGAUGGAUCGGGAGUGGGUGGGGUGGUUG